AUGUGCCUCAGCAGCCAGUCCCAGACGGACGCCUUGCAGCGCCUCGUGGUCGCGGAGGCGGAAGCGGACCAGCUCGGCGCGGAGGUGCACCUGUCCAACCUCGGGAUGAUGAACAGCAGCGCCUACGGGGACCUCUGGAACAGGCUGGUGAGCGACGCGGGCCUCCAGCCGCCCGAGGAGGCCGUCUUGUUCGAUCUCACGAUCGUCCGCAAGUCCCAUCACCGCCUCACCGAGUUCUUGAAGGGGAAGACCAAGCUGUCGGGCGUGGCGAAGUUCUUGGCCAACCACGACAAGCCGGGCACGGUGCGGUUCCCCGUGGUCAACCUCCUGUCGUCCAACCCGCCGCUCUCCGUCUGGCGCUUCUCGAGGCUGACGAGCGGGAUGAACAUCUUCGAGAGGGUGCUGCUCAUGUUGGACUUCCACCCGCUGGUGCAGAUGAGGGGGGCGGAGGGCGUCUUGGCGCAGGCGAAGAAGAUGCACCUCGACUUCUGGUCCAAGGUGAACUACACGAACUCCCAGGACAAGAGCAGGUUCGACAAGGGCCUCCUCGCCUCGGCGUGGGCCAACCAGUGCAGCGACAUGUGCGAGUUCUUCCCGUCGGACGCCAUCCCGGAGGAGGAUCCCGAGAACCCGCUCCCGGACUCGCUGUACAUCAUGUUGUACCUGAUGCGCGUCAGGGACUUGAUGGAGCAUUCCGGGGCGUCGCCGAACCAGACCUACCAGCCGGAGUGCGAGUCGAGGCUGAGGGAGAGGGCGUUGAAGGUCGACAUGAUCUCUAUGAUCCACCAGAAGUUCUGGCCGGAGCCCGACUCCCAGCGCUACUUCGACCUGGGCUGGCUCCAGCAGGAGUGCGACUACUUCGUCAGCAAGUACUACGACGUCGACGCCAUGCAGGUGGAGGCCGGGGAGCCCGGGCCGGCCGUCGCCACGGUGGGGGGCGCCGGGCAGGGCGACGAGGACGAGUGGGAGGAGGUCGGCGCCGACGACGACGAGGGGCAGGCCGACGAGCCCGAGGAGGUCGCGCAGGCCGCCGUGCCCGUCCUCAAGCGGGCCCUCAAGCCGUGGGCCCAGCCCGCGGGGGUGAGCUCGGUCAAGGGCAAGGCGGGCAAGGGGGCCUCCAAGCAGCAGGCCGGGAAGGGCCCUGGCGGGAAGGCGAAGGGGGGGAAGUCGGCGGACAAGAGCAAGCAGUGCUGA